GUCAUUGGUUUGGAGUUUGGUGUAUUUUAUGUGCUACGAAUAUAAAAGUUAAAUUUUAACAACUCUAACAAACAAUACCUAAACCAAAAAUAAUGGAUAAGUUUUUAAACAGAAAAAAAAAGAAUAAUUUUCCAUCUCCAUGUACCUCAUCAUCCCCCAGAACUUCUCGUUCUCGUUCACGUUCACGCUCUCCUACAACAAAUGACAAAAACGUGAGCUCUUCUAUGUCUGACCAAAAGUUCAAACAAAGGACUCCUGGAAAAGGAAAAGUUUCAUUUGUUUGGAAGUAUUUCAAAAAGUCUGCAGACAAAAAGCUUGCAAAGUGUUUAACAUGUGGAAAUGAAUAUAAGACUAGUGGCAAUACAAGUAACUUAUUGGAUCAUUUAAAACGUUUUCAUCCUAUAUUAAGUAGGAGUUCAGAUAUUGACUUGACAGGUGAGUCUGAUGGCCUGUCAACUGCUGAAAGUUCUUCGAGCAACACGGGAAGCAUAUCAAGUUCUUCUAUUCGAUCCAAUAAUAGGUCCAUAAGCCCUUUUUUCCAAAGAACAGCGCAGUAUGAUAAUGAAUCUCAAAGAAAAAAACAAUUGGAUCAAGCCCUAAUUUAUAUGAUUGUGGCUGAUUUUCAACCGUUUACAAUUGUGAAGGAUAAUGGCUUUAAAAAAUUUGUGGGUUUAUUGGAUCCUAGAUACACUCUACCUAGUACAUAUACUUUGAGUGAAAAAUUACUUAAGCAAGAAUAUGUAAGAGCAUAUGAAAAACUUAAAAAUACACUUGAUACUACGGAAUAUGUAUCAAUCAUCUCAGACUCUUGGACUUCAGUGAACAUGGAGUCUUAUUUAACAGUUACUUGUCAUUAUAUAUGUGACUUUGAAUUAAAAUCAGCCGUUUUAUCAACAAAGCCUCUACCCAAUGGUAUAAAUCAUACUGCUGAAAACUUAUCGGAUACAUUGAACGAUAUUUUUAAAGAGUGGAAUAUUGAUAAAAAAAUUGUGUGUAUUGUUACCGACAAUGCCGCCAACAUGAAAAAGACCUGUGAAUUAUUAAAAAAAUGCCAUUUGCCAUGUUUUGCGCACACUCUCAACUUAGUUGUGCAGGAUUGCUUAGACAUUCCUUGUCUUCGGCCCAUAAUUAAAAAGGUUAAAGAUAUUGUAACGUUUAUAAGAACAAGUCAUGUUGCCAAUGAUACAUUCAAAGCAGAACAGAAGGCUGUAGGCUUGGAACCACUUAAAUUACUUCAAGAAGUUCCUACCAGGUGGAACAGCACAUAUCUGAUGACUGAGAGAGUUUUAAAAACAAAUGACAGUCUCACAAAAGCCUUACUAAAAUUAAGGAAAGCGCCUGCACCUUUGUCUGUAGACGAUAUCACUAUUUUAAGAGAGAUUGAAAAAAUGUUGAGCAGUUUUAAUGAAGUCACUCGAAAAAUAUCAGGGAAUAAAUAUGUCACUAUAUCAUUAAUAGUUCCAUUGAGCACUGGCAUACAGCAUUUUUUAACCAGCUGCGUGUCAGAGUUGACAACUGAAGAAGGCAAAACAUUUUGCAACAAUCUUUUAAUUUCCACAAAGCAACGUUUGUAUCCAUAUGAAUCUCGUACAAUUACAAAAAUUGCCACCAUUUUGGACUCGAGGUUUAAAAAGGAAGCAUUUCAAAGCCCAGAAAAUGCCGCAAAUGCAUCUUUACUUUUAGAGCAAGAAAUGUAUGGUUUUCUCAGUAAAAAUGAAAAUGUUCUAACUGAUAAAAAUGUUGAAAGAAACUCCAAUGAUGUCAAAAAUACAUCAAUAUUUAGUUUUUUGAAAGAAAGGGUCGACAAUAAGGUAAAGUCCAUUCAAACAGAUGUGAUAAUAACAAAGAGGCAGUAUUUGGAAAGAAGUAAUGCCCCAGAAGAUACAGAUCCUUUAACGAUUUGGAAGUUUUCAGGUCAAGAUCUACAUCCAUUGGGUGAGCUAGCAAAACAGUACUUCUGUAUCCCUGCUACAUCAGUGGAAAGUGAAAGGACAUUUAGUACUGCAGGGCAAAUAGUGAUCGCCGUUCCAGAUUGAAUCCGACAAAUGUGAA